AGCCUCCUGUCACCACUGCAAGGAAAGGAAAGUCUCUGAGAGGAUGAGAAAGUUAACCCCCAGAAUUCAGGCAAACUGUGGGAAUAGCAGCUACUUCUGCCCAUCCCUGGAGUUUUCAAGAAAAGUACAGUUUUAUGUAUUUUUAAAUGUCAACACUUUGUACCACUGCUUUUCAAAAAAGGCCCUAGGGGCGAAUAGCCGUGUCUGUAAGCGUUCUCUGGGUGGUUGGAAAAUAGAAUUCUUUCAGAAUUUGUGUUCUUUAAAUGUAACUUUUGACUGGGUAAUAAAUACACAAAGUACAGAAUUCAAAAGGUUAAAAACAGUAUAUGGUAGACGAUAAAUCUCUUUUCCAUACCCCCUUUUCCCGUUUCCCAGUUCCUUUUCCUAAAAGCAACCAUCAUUACCAUUUUCUUAUGUUUCCUUCUAGUGACAACCCAAGCAUAUAGAAGUGUGUGUGAGCGAAUACUUAUUUUUUAACCCAAAUGGUAUCCAUGUUUAACAUCUAUGUCAUUGUGUCUAAUUAAACUGAUACUUUUCUUCUGGUAUCACAUUGAUGUUGUGGCAUUGCUUUUGUGAUAGAGAACACUAAAUCUCCAGUGGCUUACCAAUAACAAAAAGUUCAUUUCUCUCUUGUGCAAUAGUCCAGUGUGGGAAUUCAGUGGACAAGCAACCAGAUCCCUCCAUCUUGAAGUUUGUCCACGGGAUUUAGAACCUGCUGCUUCCAGCUGGUGGGGAAAAGAGAGAGCCUAGAAGAGCCUAGAAGAUGGAGAAUCUUGCAGAAGAUUUUUAUGGGUUAUCCCCAGAAAUGGCGACAUCAUUUCUGCCCACAAUCUUUUGGCAAGAACUAAGUAAAAUAUCCCCAUCUAGCUGUAAGGAGAGCUGGGAAAUGUAGUUCUUUACGGGCAACCAAUCAUCAGUAUCUGAUUCAGACUGGCGAAGGGGCGCACACACCUUUGGUGGACAGCUGGCCAUUCUUUCUGGCUAUGCUCCUCAGCCCCAGAUGUACAUGGUUUUCUUGUAAUUACAGUGAGUGGGGUUUUUGACCCUCAGCCUGUGGGAGUUCAGUAGGGAGGCUGCUAAGAGAUUUUUAUACUGCAGGUGUGACCUGUGAGAGCUUGGGAACCACUGCUUCAGCCAGGAGGCCAAAGGUCAAGUUCAACUUUUGCCCCUGCUAGUAGGCAAGCCGGGGUCCCAGAAAUGCCCCAUGGCAUCUGUCUGUGAACAUGGAAAUCCACUGCCUACCCGAACACUCUAUUGGACCUCCUCAAACUAAAUGGUUUUUGUCUUAUCUCACCCAGAUAGAGCCAAGAACAGAGCGAUUCCGUAAUUCCCAAUGUAGCUGUAAAACAUUCUAGCAAUAUUCUGAUUUUUCUUCCCAAGCUUUAAUUUAGCGGCCCCUCCCCACCCCCUCCUCUCACGCUAGACUUGUUACACAGGAAUUUUCCGACACCCUUUUUGCUUACAAAACUUUCUUUGCCACUAGAGGGGGGAAAAAAAUGAACAAAAACACAUCAACAAUAUAAAGAACUUUUGUAAGUUAGGUGCUAGAGAGGGAGAAGUCCUGAAGCGGCUGGGAACCUCACCGCCUGACCCCCGUCCCCCGUCCUGUCCAUGGGAUGUGAUGGCGCCCUCCUGCAGGGCUCUGCCUGCGUCAGCCCCCAGAAUAGAAACCUUGGGAUGAAGCCUUGAUGGAAGAAAAAAGCAGAAUGAGCUCCAAGAGACUGUGAAAAGGAAGUUGGAAGGAGCCCGAUCACCACUUAAUGGAGACCAGCAGAAUGGUGCUUGCGAUGGGAGCUUUUCUCCAACUAGCAAGCGAAUACGAAAGGACAUUCCCACGGGGAUGGAAGCCAUCAACAAUUUACCCAACAACAUGCCACUGCCUUCAGCUUCUCCUCUUCACCAACUUGACCUGAAGCCCUCUUUGCCCUUGCAGAAUAGUGGGACUCACACUCCUGGGCUUCUGGAAGACCUGAGUAAAAAUGGGAGACUCCCAGAACUUAAACUUCCUGUGAAUGGUUGCAGUGACCUGGAGGACAGCUUCACCAUCGUGCAGAGCAAAGAUCUCAAACAAGAACCUCUUGAUGACCCUACUUGCAUAGACACAUCAGAAACCUCUCUUUCCAACCAGAACAAGCUGUUCUCGGACAUUAACCUGAACGAUCAGGAGUGGCAGGAGUUAAUAGAUGAACUGGCCAACACCGUUCCUGAAGACGACAUACAGGACCUGUUCAAUGAAGACUUUGAAGAGAAAAAGGAGCCGGAAUUCUCGCAACCGGCCACAGAGACCCCGCUGUCCCAGGAGAGCGCCAGUGUGAAGAGCGACCCGUCUCACUCUCCUUUCGCUCACGUCUCUCUGGGCUCGCCCCAGGCCAGGCCUUCCUCUUCGGGUCCUCCCUUCUCCACCGUCUCCACGGCCACCAACUUACCUUCCGUGGCCACCACUCCCGUGGCGCCCAACCCCGCCAGCUCCCCCGCAAACUGUGCGGUCCAGUCCCCCCAAACUCCGAACCCAGCUCACACGCCGGGCCAGGCUGCGGCCCGGCCCGGCAAUGGUUAUCUCCUCAAUCCCGCCGCCUUGCCGGUGGCCGCGGCGGGCUCGGGCCCCGGGGCCGUGCCCGGCUCCGACCUGUCCCCCGCCGAGCAGCUCAAGCAGAUGGCCGCGCAGCAGCAGCAAAGGGCCAAACUGAUGCAGCAGAAGCAGCAGCACUCCAAUCAGACUUCCAGCUGGUCUCCCUUAGGGCCGCCAUCCAGUCCCUACGGAGCAGCUUUCACGGCGGAAAAACCAAAUAGCCCCAUGAUGUACCCCCAAGCCUUUAACAACCAAAAUCCUAUAGUGCCUCCCAUGGCCAACAACCUGCAGAAGACGACAAUGAAUAACUACCUCCCUCAGAAUCACCUGAAUAUGAUCAAUCCGCAGCCAAAUAACAUGGGUACAAACUCCUUAAACAAACAGCACAAUAUUCUGACUUAUGGCAACACUAAGCCUCUGACCCACUUUAAUGCCGACUUGAGUCAGAGGAUGACGCCUCCGAUGGCCAAUCCCAACAAGACCCCCCUCACGCCCUACAUCCAGCAGCAGCCCCCGCAGCCGCCGCCCCCGCAGCCGCAGCCCCCGCCUCAGCUCCAGGCCCCCAGGGCGCACCUGAGUGAGGACCAGAAACGCGUGCUCCUCAUCAAGCAGAAGGGAGUGAUGAGUCAGCCCAUGGCUUACCCGGCGCUGCCAUCCCACGGCCAGGAGCAGCACCCAGUGGGGCUUCCCCGGACCACGGGCCCCAUGCAGUCCUCCGUGCCCCCGGGCUCAGGGGGCAUGGUCUCCGGAGCAGGGCCUGCGGGGCCAGGCUUCCUGGGCAGCCAGCCCCAGACAGUCCUCAUGAAGCAGAUGCUCAUUGACCAGCGGGCCCAGCUGAUGGAGCAGCAGAAACAACAGUUCCUGCGGGAACAGAGGCAGCAGCAGCAGCAGCAGCAGAUUCUCACGGAGCAGCAGCUGCAGCAGCCGCACUUACCCCGGCAGCACCCGCAGCAGCAGCAGCGGAAUCCGUACCCAGUGCAGCAGGUCGCCCAGUUUCAAGGGUCUCCCCAGGAUAUAGCGGCUGUGAGGAGCCAGGCCGCCCUCCAGAGCAUGCGAACUUCAAGGCUGAUGGCACAGAACGCAGGCAUGAUGGGAAUGGGACCCUCCCAGAAUCCAGGGACAAUGGCCACCGCGGCUGCCCAGUCUGAGAUGGGACUGGCCCCUUACAGCAACCCAGCUACCAGCCAACCGGGAAUGUACAACAUGAGCACAGGCAUGACCCAAGUGUUGCAGCACCCAAACCAAAGCGGUAUGAGUAUCACACACAGCCAAGCCCAGGGGCCGCGGCAGCCCACCUCGGGGCAAGGGGUUGGGAUGGUGAGUGGGUUUGGUCAGGGCAUGCUGGUGAACUCGCCCAUGACCCAGCAGCGCCAGCAGAUGAAGGGGCCGGUCGGCCAGGCCUUGCCCAGGCCCCAGGGCCCGCCGAGGCUGCAGAGCAUCAUGGGAACGGUCCAGCAGGGAAGCCAGAGCUGGCAGCAGAGAGGCUUACAGGGGAUGCCUGGGAGGACUAGUGGAGAGUUAGCAUCAUUCAACAAUGGCGCCAGCUACCCACUGCAAGCUGGCCAACCACGGCUGACCAAGCAGCACUUCCCCCAGGGACUGAGCCAGGUGGUGGAUGCGAACCCUGGCGGGGUGAGAACGCUCAACCCGGCUGCCAUGGGUCGGCAGAUGAUGCCACCACUGCCGGGGCAGCAAGGCACCGGCCAGGCCAGGCCCAUGGUCAUGUCAGGCCUGAACCAGGGUGUUCCUGGCAUGCCAGCCUUCAGCCAGCCCCCGGCACAGCAGCCGAUGGCCAGCGCCAGCUUUGCCUCCAGCAGCCAGAGCCAAGCCUAUGAGCGGAACCCCCCUCAGGACAUGUCGUACAAUUACAGUGGUGACACGGCUGGGGCGUCCUUCCCCGGCCUCUCGGACGGUGCCGACCUUGUGGACUCCAUCAUCAAAGGUGGACCGGGGGACGAGUGGAUGCAGGAGCUCGAUGAAUUGUUUGGAAACCCCUAGUCAGGAGCGGCCCUGGCCACCACAAUUCCAGUGGUUUAAAGCUCCAACCGUGAAAAAGAAACAGGAUGUCACCACAUCCUUGUUUUUUUGUGUUGUUUUUUUGACCCACGUGAUCUGAGCAAAGCUGCAGCCAGCUGACUGUGGAAGAUCCAGGCCGUCAAUCCACAGCCCCGCCGGGCCCCGUUUCACCUGAUUUUCAUACAGCAAUGGAGACAGACGCCCUGCGGACCCUGCUGCGAGAGAGGGGGACACACCAGAGGUGGGCAGGGAAGAUGAUUCCGGAGCCCUCAGCUUGGCACUCCCUGUGAUCACCCAGCCCAGCAAGAGUCGCUGCAGCCAAGACAGACUGCUGCCCCACGUGAGGUUGCCGUCAGAGCCUCCUGGCCUUGGCCGGGGUCUACAGCUUUGGAGACCCAGAGAGGAGAGAGCCUGGGGCCGAGAGUCCCACGGAAGCCCCUGGGUUGUGGCGCAAGCCAAGAGCACAGGUCAGAUACGCGCUAAACUCUGGCUGCAGAGGUAUCAGCCUUCAAGACACGCUACUGGGCUUGGAGGGAAGGUACAAAGAACAGUGAGAUGUCACAGAAGACAGGAGACCCUACAGCCUGUAUCCUGCUCAUGAUGGCCUGCAGGAAUCUUAGAGCUUGGAGAAGGGUCCUGGCAGUCCUGGGCGGGCAGCCCUCUGCUGAUGACUGUGGUGGCUAUUACUCCGGGGAGUUGGCCUGGAGCUUCCUGGGGGCCCGGUAUGACCCGAUACAUCUCAGCGGGUCCUUCUACUUCCGGAGGCCGAGGAUGAGGAGGCCCAGGGUGGACGCUGUGUGUCUUGUCAGUGCAGCCGCCUUCCCCCGAGCUGGUCCCUGCCCUCAUUCCUCUUCACCUACACCCCAGCCUGCCUGUGCUGGUCCUUGCAGACUAUCCAAGAAGAAAUGAAGCUUUUUGUCUUUAGGGAGCCUGGGUGGAGGGAAAAUAAGAGCAAGAAGAACUUAGACAAUGCCUGAAAUGCAAAGGCCACACUGGAGUUUUUCUUUCUCUGCCUGGAACUGAGCGGGUUGCUCUGCUGCUCGGUGGUGGGUUUCCAUGAGCUGCAUCUGAUGUUUCUGGGACACUAGGGAGGACCAGCCUGGACAUCACCAGCUCUGGUUCCCUUUGGGAAAAUCCCAGGGGUGAUGCUCUUAAAGCAGCCUGACCCUUCAUCCCUGCUCAUCAGAAAGACAAAUCUCAAGCCCCGAAAGCUGAGGAACUGAAAAACCCAUUGCUCCACUUCACACAUUUUGAUAAUGAAAAGAGGGAAGGUAUGGUUCCUUUCCUUGAGCAAAGCGAUCCCCUCUUGAAGUUCUGUACAGUUGUUCUUUGUGUAAUUCACGCAGAUCUGUCCUAAGUGAAGUCUGUUGGAAGGGAUCCACAACCUCUGCUGCUGGAGGGCUGGUCUCAUCUGCCCUCCCCUCCCCUCCCACUGGCCUGUUUCGGAGGCCACGGGACGUAGUUCUUGUCCUGAGUGCAUGAGCGUGGCAUAAGCAUUUCUCCUGCCAUCCCUUCCCUCCAUGUCCAAAGGCAGGCUUGCUUCUGUGCACUCACAUGCCACUUGCCACACCAGAGCCCCUGCCCAGCCUGGGGAGUCACACUGGGGCCAGGUCCUGGGACUGAAGCGGGUAAAAAUGAAGCGCUGGGACAGAGGAUGUAGAGAGGCAGCAGGCAGGCAAACACUGCCCGGGGCCUGCUCACCAAGUACCAAGGUCACAGCUCUCCUCGGCAAGGGGCAGCCUGGAGACCAGAGCGGGCCACGUGGGCGAGGACCCAGGUCGGGGCUGUGGUCCCUGGGGGAAGAGGUGGUGGCGGGCUGACCAUGAACUCCCUGCUUGGGGAGGGCCACCGCCAGGGCAGCUCUCGAAUGGAAGCAGAUGAAAACCAAAACCAAACAAGAGAAAGUGAAGAAACGAGAAGACACAGAAAUAUAUAGUUACCUUUUUCUGAAAGGUACAGGAAAUAAAUAUAUAAGCAAUGAUGAGGAACUGGAGGUGGCUGAUGGAGGGGGGGCGAGGGGGCCUCCAUUCUCCCUUAAAAGCUUCCUCCGAAUGCUCAGUACUGGGACCAACUACAUAGAGAGGUAGAUUUUAAUAAGGUGGCUUCGUUUUGUUUUUUGUUUUCACUACGGUGCUGAUGUAUAUGUAAUGUCUAAAAAAAAAGUUAUUUGUAAAUAAGUUUUUACAAUACUACAAAUAUCACUGGGUCUACUAU